AUGGGUCUGGAAAUUGAAACCAUGGUGCGAUACGCGUCGCCGAUUAACCCGGCGGUGUUCCCACAUCUCACUAUGCUAUUAUUGGGCAUCGGAAUAUUCUUUACUGCUUGGUUCUUUGUAUAUGAAGUGACCAGUACCAAGAUGUCCAGGGACCUUUUUAAGGAACUUCUGCUUUCAUUGGUAGCCGCCUUGUUCUCAGGGUUUGGAAUUCUGUUUUUAUUGUUAUGGGUUGGCAUUUAUGUA